AAAUGGCAUCAUCUGAUAAAGUAGACCGAACAUUUGGAGUAAAUUAUGUAUGCCAACGUUGUUGCCAACCUCUUAAAUUGGAUUCAUCAUUUGGAUCACUAGAUGAUCAGACCUUUUCAGAGCUAUCUGCUCCUAUGUUAAGCCAUUCUAAUUCAAGUAGUACUGUACACCUUUUGCAGAAUGAUCAUAAGGGCAAUGGAACUGAAGAAUAUGAAAUCUCAAGAAAGUAUAUUGCUCCUGUAAGGCUUACUGAGAGUGGAAAUGGGUUCUUGAUGGUUGGAGAUAGUAGUGCUGGAACAACUGAGAGUCUUGGCCAUCACCUCAGGGUAACAAGUCGCUUGUUUGACAUUAUGUCAGAUCAGUCUGAUGUAGAUCAUCCUUUAUGUGAAGAAUGCACAGACUCUUUGCUGGAUCAGAUGGAUCAACAACUGAAAGUAGCAGAGGAUGAAUGCAAAGAUUAUAGGGAGUUUGUAGAUCAACUUAAUUUAGGUGAAGAAAAUGAAGAAGAUUUAGAAAAAUUAGAAGAAGAAUUAAAAGAGCUAGAAAAAAAGGAAAUAGACCUAAGAACAGAACUUCAGCAUGUUACUGAGGAGCAGGCUAAAGUUCAAGAAAGCCUUAUUCACCAGCAACAAGAAAAGGAGAAGCUUCAAGCUGAGGAGGAAAGAUAUUGGCAUGAGUAUAGUGAUCUCAAAAGGCAGCUUUUACUCUGUGAAGAUGAUCAGAGAAGUGUUGACAAUCAGCUGAAGUAUGCACAGACACAACUGGAUAAGCUGAAGAAAACCAAUGUUUUCAAUGCCACAUUUCAUAUAUGGCACAGUGGACACUUUGGAACUAUUAAUAAUUUCCGACUAGGCCGACUCCCCAGUGCUCCAGUGGACUGGACAGAGAUCAAUGCAGCAUGGGGCCAGACAGUUUUGUUAUUGCAUUCGUUAGCUAAGAAAAUGAACUUAACAUUUCAAAGGUAUAGACUGGUUCCUUAUGGAAAUCAUUCUUUUCUUGAAUCACUAGAGGACAGGUCAAAGGAAUUACCCUUAUACGGAUCUGGUGGUUUUAAAUUUUUCUGGGAUACUAAAUUUGACCAAGCUAUGGUAGCUUUCCUGGACUGCUUACAGCAGUUCAAAGAAGAAGUAGAAAAGGGAGACACAGGCUUUUGUUUACCUUACAGAAUGGAGAAAGGAAAAAUAGAAGAUACAACCACUGGUAUUGCUUAUUCUAUAAAGAUCCAAUUUAACUCAGAAGAACAGUGGACAAAAGCUCUGAAGUUCAUGCUGACAAACCUGAAAUGGGGACUGGCUUGGGUGUCUUCACAAUUUGAUAAUAAAUGAUAUUGUUCCUGAUAAAAUGGGGGUGGAGCAGGAAAUUCAAAACUUGUGUUUUUUUUGUAAUGUCAUACAUUAAUCAAUUACAAGUUUUUUAAACAACCUGCUUUAGUUUCUUAAACUCUUGUCAUUAGAAAUACAUACAACCUUUUUUUUUUACUUAAACUAUAUUUUUCAAAUUCAUUAUUCAUACUUAUUUACCAGAAGGAAAGUGAACCAUUGAUUAGCAUUUUUUUAUGAUUAUUUGAUGAAAGAAGACUAUGCUAUCAGACAUUAAACAUAAUUUUCUUAUGUUUAGUUCACAUAUGUGAAGUUAUCAAUUUCAAGGAAGUCGCAUGUAAAGUAUAUUAUAAGUUAUAAAUGUUUAAAUGUACUUAACUCCGGUGUAGUUAUACUGUUCAGAAUUUAAGUAUUUUUAGUAACAACUACGUGAAUGAUAUUAAUGACAUAACUUCUGUUAAGAGUUUAAAAAGUAUUUCUAUUGUCAUUUGCUUGAUCUAUAAUUAUCACAUUACGUCAUUCCUGUUAUCAGUUACUUCAACAUACUUGAUCUGUACUAAUCACAUGACUUAAUCUAUUAGAAGUUUAAACAUCAUUCCUGUUAUCAGUUACUUCAACAUACUUGAUCUGUACUAAUCACAUGACUUAAUCUAUUAGAAGUUUAAACAUCAUUCCUGUUAUCAGUUACUUGAUCUAUACUAAUCAAAUGAUUUAGCUAAUCAGUAGUUUAAACAUUCCUCUUAUCAGUUAUUUGAUCUUUUGCUAUUUAUGUGACAUUCUUUAUAUAGCUAUCCUACCAAGAACUUAACCAGUAUUUCUUUUAUCAACUAUCUGGUCUCUAUUAAUCACAUGAGCUAUAAACUCCUGUUUAGUUUUCCUGUCAAGAGUAUAAGCAUUACUAUUAUCAACUUACUGAUCUGUACAAGUCACACAAAAGUAAUGGAAAGUAAUUUAAAAUUAUUAUUAUUUCAUUAAAUUAUUUCAUGAUGCAUUUUUUGUUUCUUUUAUAUGCUGUAUGUACCAUGUGACCUACCUCACAUAUCCUUAUUUCUUAGUAAGAUUUUAAAAAGGUAGUGCAGAAAGGUCAUUCCCUGACAUUUGUUUAUGUAAUUGAAUUUACUUUGGAUUACUCUACAUCCAGCAGCAUUGUAACAUUUUACAGUGUGUACAUUUGUAUUGUAAUCUUGAGGCACUCCUUAUAUGUAACUUUGUGGUACACAGUCUACUUGGGUUGUACAGGGUACAUUGAGUUACAGUGUGCACAUUUUGAAUAUAGAGUUGAGUUUUGAAACCCUAAAUUUCACUUUGUGCAAUUGUAUAAUAACAUAGGUUUACAUUAUGUAAAUUGUUAACAUGAUGUUGACUUGCUGUAAUGUAGCAUGGCACAUGUACAUUUGUAUAGUGAUGUUGGGUUACGCUUGGUAAAUUUAUUACAUAGUAAUUGAGCUAUUGUAACCCUGCCUUACACUAUGUAUAUUCAUAUAGAGAUAUUGGGUUAUGUGCUAUAUGUACAUUUCUAACAAUAACAAAAUGUCAAACUGUUGUAAUUUUGCAUUAUGAUGUGUAAAUUUGUGUGAAAUUGUUGAGUUACUAUGUGUCCAUUUUCAUCGCAUAUUUGAACUUCAUGUGUCAUAUAUACAUUUGGAUGAUAGCAUAUUGACCUACUUGGGUAACAAUAUCCUCGAAUUAGUAUAUUAUGUUUGAAUAAAAUCCUUUGUUAUGUAAAUAUUUUGGGUAAGAUUUUUUAUCUAUAAUGUAUAGACCUGGAUCAUGUCCUUGAGUUACUGUGAAUAUGCUUGGGUUAUAUUAUAAUUUGCACAAAGAUCUUCUAAGUGAUCUGUGGGAAACACCACAUUUUUUUUACUCAAUACAAAUACAGUGAAAAGAGGAAAAGAAAAUCAGUUAGCUUGGGAUGUGAAAUUUACUGAAAAGAACCUAAGAAUUUCCACUCUGACAACCACUUGAAAAUUUUAUUGUCCAUAUUAUAAAAAUCAGUUUAAGAACAUGAACUGUUUGACAUUUUUAUAAUGUAAUUAGAUAAAUCAAUCAUCUAUCUCCACAAGAAAAUGUAAAUCUGUGUAAACCAAGUUUUUGUAUUACGUAUAUGAAUAGAACUUUAUUUAAUAAAGUUAAUUGGAAACAAAAA